GGUGUAGGCGGCCCCGGGGCCAUGCGGAGGAACGGGCGGGACAUGGCGGCGGGCGUGGGGAUGCGCGGCCUCGGCCGGCAAUCUGGUGCUCUGAAAAGGAAGCUUCAGUCACCACAGGGAAACCCACCUGUGAAACGCAAACGUAAAUUAUCCAUAAACACCUUCGGGAAGAGUGCCACGGAGGCUGAGAGGAGGGAGGAGGGAAGCUCAUCACAAAAACCUGUUCCUAAGAAGCAGUUGACUGACAAACGAAAUGAAAGCCAGAAGAACAAACCUUUCAUUAAGACGUCCAGCCUGUUUAAAAACAACCCAGACAUCCCAGAAAUUCACAGAAAAGAAGUGCAGCAGGUGCAAGAAAAUGUUUUCACUACAGAUUCCUUCAGCCAGCUGGACCUCCACCCGCAUCUGAUCUCCACAAUAAACAAUGUCCUAAACAUAUGUAGCAUGACCAGUGUUCAGAAGCAAACGAUUCCUGUGCUCCUGCAAGGCAGAGAUGCCCUGGUCAGAUCUCAGACUGGUUCAGGUAAAACUCUUGCCUAUGGGAUUCCACUUGUCCAGUCUUUGCAAGGAAUGGAAUCCAAAAUACAGCGCAGUGACGGCCCCUACGCGCUCGUGCUCGUCCCAACCAGGGAGCUUGCACUCCAAAGUUUUGAUACAAUCCAGAAACUACUUAAGCCAUUUACCUGGAUUGUGCCUGGAGUGCUUAUGGGGGGAGAAAAGAGGAAAUCAGAAAAAGCCAGGUUACGGAAAGGGAUAAAUAUCCUCAUUUCCACUCCUGGCCGCCUGGUUGAUCACAUCAAGUCCACGGAAUGUAUUCAUUUCCAUCGCACUCAGUGGCUGAUUAUUGAUGAAGCAGACAGGAUCCUGGACCUGGGUUUUGAGAAGGAUGUGGCUGUGAUACUCAAUGCUCUGAACGCUGAGAGAGAGGCACGUCAGAAUGUGCUGCUGUCAGCCACCCUCACCGAAGGAGUGACACGCCUGGCCGAUAUCAGCCUGAAUGACCCCGUCAGCAUUUCCAUAGCAGAUGAAAUCCAGAAGGUGCCUGAACCAGCAUCACAAACAGAUAGGGAGGCCAGCAGUUCAUCCAACUGCAUGGAGCAGGAGAACUUUGCUGUUCCAGAGACACUCCAGCAGUAUGUCAUGGUGGUCCCCAGCAAACUGAGGCUUGUCACGUUAGCAGCUUUUAUCCUGCAGAAAUGCAAGUUUGAAAAGCGCCACAAGAUGAUCAUCUUUUUCUCCAGCUGUGAACAAGUGGAAUUCUACCACGAGCUCCUUGUGAAGGUCCUUUCAGGAGGGUCAGAGUCAGAGCAACCUGGACGUUCAUCCCUCUCCUCUGGGAGCUUACGGUUUCUACGUCUGCACGGCGACAUGGAACAGGAAGAAAGGACAGAGGUCUUCCAGGAGUUCCUAAAAUCCAAGACUGGCAUCUUGCUUUGCACUGAUGUAGCAGCACGGGGACUGGACCUGCCUCAAGUGACCUGGAUCGUGCAGUACAACGCUCCGGCUUCACCUGCGGAAUACAUCCACCGGAUCGGGAGGACGGCGCGCAUCGGCUGCCGCGGGAGCAGCCUGCUCGUGCUGGCGCCUUCGGAGGCAGGAUAUGUCAGCUUGCUGGCUUCUCACAAGAUUAAUGUUUCAGAGCUGAAGAUGGAGAAGGUGUUAGCCUGCCUGAUGAAAGAUGAUCGCUUCAGGUUGCACAGACCAGGAAGCAAGAAAUCCUGUGGCAAGAACCCUCAGGAAGUCCGGGAGAGGGCCACGGUCCUGCAGACAAAAUUUGAAAACCACGUCCACUCCAGCGAGGGGAAUGUCCGGUGGGCAAAGAAAGCACUGCAGUCUUUCCUUUGUGCCUAUACCACCUAUCCCAGGGACCUCAAGCACAUCUUCCACAUCAAAUCUCUCCACCUGGGUCACGUGGCCAAGAGCUUUGGGCUGAGAGAUGCCCCCCAGAACCUGACUGCUCUUCCAACGGCAGGCUCAAAGAGGAAAACCAAACCAAAACCAAAAAGGAGUGAUCCUUCUGCAAACCUGGAGGUGUGAGUGGUUCUAGCAAAAGCAUUUCUGCAAAAUCCUGUGGGAUCUCUCCUGGGAACCGUCUGCAGCAAGCCCAGAGUUGCAGCUCUGUCCCCUCUAGCCUGUGCU